AUGUCUCGCUUCCUAGCCGGCACGCUUUCCGCCAUUUCCGGCAUCGUCAUUCUGGGAUCACUCGUCAUCGCCGGCGUUUUGUUCAACGACAUCAACACGCUCUACUUCGAUGUGAUGGAUGAUAUGCACGAGUUCAAGGUGAGCCUUGGUUAAAGUCCUGAAGUUUAAUUAAAACUUUUGAAAUACACUAGGAAUUACUAGGAAUUCAUUAAAAUUUUUAUUUCGUCAAUUUCAGUUGCUCGCCGACGACGCGUGGAACAAAAUGAUCGUUGCGAACCAGGGCGCUUCGUCCGGAGCCGCCAACGGUCUCAACCUCGAUUCGUUGUUCCGCAGAGGAAAGCGUCAAUCCGCGUGCAACUGCGGCCCCCAGCCGGACAACUGCCCCGCCGGUCCACCAGGACCAGCCGGAGAGCCGGGAGCACCGGGAGACGAUGGCGCGCCAGGACAGGCCGGAUCGAACGGACACGACGGAGUGCCGUCGCCGAUCGACGCGUACGCGCAGCACGAGUGCAUCAAGUGCCCCGCCGGAGCACCUGGACCACAGGGACCCGAUGGAUCGGCCGGAGCGCCAGGACCUAACGGACAGCCGGGAGCCGACGGAUCCGCUGGACAGCCAGGAGCUCCGGGAGCGCCUGGAGCCCAGGGAGACGCCGGAGCACCAGGAACGGAUGGAGAGGCCGGAGCGCCGGGACCGGCUGGUAAGAACGGACAGCGCGGAGCCGGAGCCCCAGGACCACAGGGACCAGAGGGACCAGCCGGAGCACCAGGAAAGGAUGGCGCCAAGGGAGAGGACGGUGCUCCGGGAGCUCCGGGAUCCGAGGGAAUCGCCGGCGCGCCCGGAAAGGACGGAGAGUCCGGACCGCCGGGAGCCGCUGGCGAGAACGGAGCCGAAGGCGCUCCGGGAGCCGACGCCGCCUACUGUCCGUGCCCACCGCGAACUGUCGGCUACGGAGAGGUCGAGCAGCCGCAGGCCGCGCAGAGCGGAUACAGAAGACGUGCCGCCAGAAGACUGUAA